AUGUCUGCCUGCAGCACAUUCACUGAACAUGUGUGGAAACCAGGCGAGUGCAAGAACUGCUUUAAGCCAAAGAGUCUGCACUGCACUCAGAGUAGUGGAGAGAAGCCUCGACCUGAGCGCAGACUUCCAACAUCUCAACAACAAAAUCCCCCCCAUGCUGUGACCAGAACCAACUCGAACCUUGCCAACAACUCCCAUAGGCCUGGGAGUGCGACUGCCCGUUCAGGACACUUCCGUCCACCAGUGGCAAAAAAGCCAACCAUCGCUGUUAAACCCACUAUGAUGCUGCCAUGCUCUUCAAUAGGGUCGAGUUCAAAUGACAAUUUGCAAAGUCCACCAUCUGUUUUGGAGCCAGGCAAAACUUCAGCUUUUAUGGUCUGGAACCGCAAUGGGGUAAACUGUAGAAGGACCAGUGGUACAAGCAAUAACAAUGAAGGUGAGGAUGAAAUUGAGGGUUAUGAGCAACUUAGUCCAAGGACCCCGAGUGGAAAUAACAACAGUGGACUGACCGAUGUCUUAAAAGAGAUUGCUGGAUUAGGCCCUGGUCCUAGCCUAACGCCAGUCUCAAAAGACUUAUUUUGGGGACGAAUCAGUAGCUCAUACCAAAGGUCAUUAGAAAGAGGCCUUCCAGCUACAGGCUGUUUGGCUAUGGGAAGUUGCAUUAGUGGUGAUGGUAAUACUAGUCAAAAACGGGUAUCUCUGAGUGAUAGCACAGAGAUAAUCAGCACAGAGGGUGGUCGCUUUUGCUACCCCGAAUUUUCAAGUGAAGGGGAAGACGAUGAGGAAGAGGAGGAAGAUGAGGAUGAAGAGUCUGAGAGAGAUGAUGAGCGUGAAAGCUGGGAUGAAAGUGAUGAAGAGUUACUUGCUAUGGAGAUCCGUAUGAGAGGCCAGCCACGGUUUGCAAAUUUUCGUGCUGCCACCUUGUCCCCCGUGCCCUUUGCUGCAAGCAAAAAGUGGAAUACAGUUCCUCUCCGCAAUCGUUCUUUACAACGGAUUUGUGCAGUGGACUAUGAUGAUAGCUAUGAUGAAAUUUUGAAUGGGUACCCCUCCAUGAAUUCCACUGGAGUUAUUCCACAUUACGGGUCUAAUGACUGUCAAGGUAGUGGUUUCCUUACCAAUUCAGAGUCUACAAUUUCUCCAGGAUCAUCUUCGUCUCUACCAGAAGAUUCUCAGACUACAUCGAGCUCUGAGAGCAGUGUGUCGUGUGCUCAUCAAAACGGAUUGCAAUCCCCCGCAUGUGUCAAAUCCCCUAUUCCCUGGACUUCUCCUGUGAAAAAAGAGCCUGUUCACAGAGCGCUGAGUCCAAUCAAAGUUACAGAAACGCACAAGGCCGUUCUGGCUAUCCGACUGGAUGAUCAGGAUCAAUCAGCGUCCAUGCCCCAGGCCCUUCCUGGCCAACCAGUUACUAUCAGUUUCAGUCCCACAGAGGAGCAAGCAAAGCCUUACCGUGUUGUAAAUUUGGAAAAAUCACUUAUUUGUAAACCUUAUACUGUUGUCGAUGUAUCAGCUUCCAUGACCAAACAAGAUGAACAUUUAGCAGGUUCUACCCAGAAGCACAAAAAACAGCCGAUGCCCUCGAGUCCAAAAUCAUUUUGUAGCACCUCUGUGAGUCAGCCACUGUCUCCGGCAUCUGUUCUACCAACAUCACCCACAUCUGUGGUCCAUUCAAAUGCAUCGAGAAAAAAAUUAGGAAGUAUGCGUUACCAAGAAGUUUGGACAUCGAGCACAAGUCCUCGUCAAAAGAUCUCCAAAGUGGAUUUGGGGAAUGGUAACACAGCAGGCCAGUCUAUACCUUCUCAACAUUUCAGUCACAAGUCAGCUCCUACAUCACCGGUUGCUGGGCUGUCUUCUUCCCGAACUGUACCGGUGAAAUCCCCCAAUUUAUCAGAGAUUAAAUUCAACAGUUUCAAUAAUGCAGGCAUGCCGCCAUUUCCUAUUAUUAUACGAGAUGAGCCAGCAUAUGCCCGCAGCUCCAAGAAUGCUGUCAAGGUACCAAUAGUUAUCAAUCCCAGUGCUUACGACAAUUUAGCUGUGUAUAAGAGCUUCUUGGGACUUCAUGGGGAGUUGACACAGGCGAAAGCGGUCGGUAGUAGAGUGGCCAGCCAUACUUACGAAGAGAUUGGGUCCUCCGAGAGUGUCCAGUCAACCUCGACAGAUAAAACCCUCUCUGGCAGAGGCACAUCUGAGAGAGCAUCUUUGGAUGAAACGAAAGCUUCGUGUGAAGGAGCAGUUAAAGCGCCCAUUUUGCAACCUAGAACCACUACAGACCCGAGCACUGUGACUAGCACUGUGUUGAGCUCUCCAGCUGUGGCUCUUUCUCCCACUACAUCACUAAAUUCACACCCCUUUCUUGCUGAAAAAAGUAGUCCCACUGUCAUUACAGUAACGGCCAAUUUCAGUAAGGAUAAUCAUACAGAACAGUCUUCCUCUUCAUUGUCUGGAUUGAACCAUCAAGUGGAUGCCAGUGCUGUUCUCUCACAAAUUGUAGCUUCAAUCCAGCCACCCCAGUCUCCUCCAGAGUCACCGUCUGCCAAUGACAAAACCUUCAGUUCUGAGGAACUUUACGCCCUUCCACCCGAUGCCAUAAAGGAGACCCUUACACGGCCAAAGUCGCUGUUUUCUACAAAUGAUGCAAUAGUUUCCAAGCCUAUAAAAGAUACCCUCUCAAAAGUUCUGUCAAAAUCUCAGAGUGCCUCUGCUGCCGUACCUCUUUCCACAAGCCGGUCAGAGCCUAAUGCCCCUUUCCCUCCUCCCAGGUCUACAUCUUCCCCUUAUCAUGCAUCAAACAUCCUCCAGAGACAUUUCAACAACUGGACAAAGAGCUCUGCUUCCAGUUCUCCUGUGCGCUCAAGCGAAGGUGAAGCCCGUCUGAAUGGUGAAGGGAAGCGUAAUCAAUCAGAGAGUGCAAAACCCAAACGAUGGAUCUCAUUUAAGAGUUUUUUUCGUCGGCGGAAAGAUGAGGAUGAGCAGAAAGAGAAGGUGGAGAGAGAGAAGGAAAAGGGCAAGCUGGUCGGGCUGGAUGGAACUGUCAUUCACAUGCUUCCACCCCCACCAGUACAGCAGCGACACUGGUUCUCGGAAGCAAAACCUGAGGAUCCCUCACAGAAACCAACCAUUGUGUUUACCUAUAAAAUGGAAAGUGGAUGCACCGCAAGUGGGGGAGCAGAGCUACAAGUAGAAGAAUGUAAAGAGACUGCAAUAUUAACAGCAAGUGAUGGUGAGAAGUCCAGACCUUUGAGCCCUGAGCAUCAACCAUCAGUACCAGAGGUCACUGACGUUCCUGUCAACGACGUUAGCCAGGUACCAGUAAGUGCCAACAAUUUGGUGCCCAGCGUCACCCCUCUCCCUGCCAGUGUGAAUCUGGGCCUGGUGUUUGGGGACAACGUAGAGGCUCGCGCCAACCAGGUUACCUCGGCCAGCGAACGUAGCGCUAGCCUCGGAGAGCCAGAGGAUGACGGGAAUCAGUCUCAUCACUCACACUCGCCUGCUUCCAGCCAGUGCAGUGCCACCUACAGUAACCUUGGUCAAUCUCGAGCCAACAUGAUCCCGCUGAAACAGCCUCGCAACAUGAAGGCGUCCAAUGAUACUUUGGCAUCCAUCGACCUUGAGGGCCUUGCCGAGCAACCAGAGCCUAAGUCAACUCCGCCACCCUUACCGAAAAAGGCAGUUCCUCGCUCCAUCACAGACCCCAGCCUGGCUACCAAGGAGCCACUCCAAGGAGCCUUCCGACCGAGGGCGGAAGCCAAACCUGGUGGGACCAACCUAAGUGUUGCCAACCCGCUAUAUGACCUGGACACCACCUGGGAGACAGCGAGUCAGAGCUCCUCGGUCAGCAUCCACGAUCAGGAGAGCGGUGACUCCCUGGAACGGCCGUCAGUCGCCAUUAGCAAAGCAUGCCCGUCCAACAGCAUGUCUUCGUUGCUGUCUCAGCCCAGUAGUACAGUUGGCGCCUCCAGAGACAGGAAAGUCUACCCGAGCACUGAAUCUCUCAGCGGGAGGAAUCGCAAAACGGGACAAAGUGCUGCCCCUGCCAAACAUCCAAGGCCCGCACUUUACCGGGGUCUGGACAGCUGGGAUGAGGUGGUAGGCAGGAUCAGGGGCCUCCACACAGACACUCUACGGAAGCUGACGUCCAAGUGUGAAGAUCGUUUCAUGGCUGGCCAAAAGGAUCACUUGAGAUUUGAAACUGACAGCUGGUCCGACUUCAGGUUGACCACUGGGAAACCUUGCUGCGAGGCCGGAGACGCUGUCUACUACACCGCUUCGUACGCCAAGGAUCCGCUGGUCAACUACGCCAUUAAGAUUUGCCGAAGCAAAGUAAAGGACACACAGCAGCAGUUCUUCCACAGUCUGGCCGUGAGGCAGAGCUUAGCCUUGCACUUCAACAUCCAGCAAGACUGUGGACACUUCCUGGCUGACGUCCCCAGCAGCAUGCUCCCUUGGGAAGAGGAGGCAGAAGAAGAGCAGGAAGCAGGGGAUGAGAAGGAGGAUGGAGAUGUCUUGAAAGAAAGAGAAGUUAAAUCAGAAACAAAGCUGACCGAAUCCAAACAUCCAAAUGGCGAGUUAGAUGAGACGUCAGCGGGUGCCCACGUCAGUGCCGGCGGUCGCUUGAGGAGCCAUGUGGUGGUCAUCACACGGGAGGUUCCUUUCCAGACGGUGGCUGACUUUGUCCACCAAGGCAUGUCCCGGCACGUCCAAAACCCGGAGCUGUAUGAGCGUCAGGUGUGCCUCCUGCUUCUCCAGCUCUGUUCGGGCCUGGAGCACAUGAAGCCUUACCAUGUAACGCACUGUGACCUUCGUCUGGAAAACCUGCUUCUGGUUCACUGCCAACCCAGCAACGCCGGAACUGCUGACCCUGUCGAGCCCAACAACAACAGCGGGUGGAAAUCCGCCUGCACCAACGCCGCCAACUCCACCUGCCCUGCCCGCCUUAUCAUUAGCAACUUCUCCCAAGCCAAACAAAAGAGCCCUCUCAUGACCACCGACCCCGGAGCUCCUCGCGAUCGCUCUCGACUGGCGCCAGAAAUUAUCACAGCCACUCAAUUCCGCAAGUGCGACGAGUUCCAGACUGGGAUUCUCAUCUACGAGAUGCUGCACCGGCUGAACCCGUUCGAGGAGACGCCGGAUCUCAAGGAGCGAGAGUACACCUGGGCUGACCUACCACCCUUGCCGGUCCGAUCGCUGUACUCGCAGGGCCUGCGGCAAUUGGCCCGGUUACUGCUUACAGUCAACCCCUCGGAAAGGAUCCGAAUGUCGGAGGCUCGGGGAUGCCUGCAAUGCCUGCUCUGGGGACCCCGUGAGGACUUGUUCCAGGCUCUGGGCUGCAGCAGCACCUCGGGGUCAUCGUCGUCGGCCGCCUCUGGCCAGCGCCAGGCGACUCUCCAGAACUGGCUGGACCUGAAGCGUACACUGAUGAUGAUCAAGUUCGCAGAGCGCUCCAUGGACUCUGCUUGCGGCGUAAGCUUGGAGGACUGGCUCUGCUGCCAAUAUUUGGCCUUUGCUACCACAGAGAGCCUGAGCCGGGUAGUGCACAUCCUGCAGCAGCCGCAACCCCCAACCCAGAACCCAAACCAGUCUGACACCACCAGGCAGAACCAUAUCCAUUCAGCACACACUUUCCACCGAACUCAGUCUCAGCCGCUCUGA